UAGCAGAACUCAGUCUGGUUCUCCUUCAGCUUUAAUUCUUCAUAUUUUAAAACAAUAUUUUUAUUUUCUAACAGACGGCUGAAACUGACAGAGAAGCAGGAAGUUAAAACCUUUGUUUUCUUAGCGGGAAUCUUGGACCGACCCGUUUGUCCUGAUUCUUUAGCUGUGAGCUCAAAGUCAGUUCCUGUUUUCUCUCAGACUGACUGAAGCCACAAGAUGGAGGAAUGUGAUCAGAACCAGGAGGACAAAGCAGAGCAGCUAUAAUAAUGAAGCUGACUGAAGUCCAGAAGAUGGAGGAUUGUGAUCUAAAGGAGGACAGAGCAGAACCUCCAGGAUCCAGCUGUCCAUCUAUGAGGAGUGACUGGUCCAAAGAUAAACCUCCAGACUUCAGUGAAGAACCUGGACCCUCAGAAGGUCAGAACCACAGACAGAGAGCAGAACCUCCAGGAUCCAGCUGUCCGUCUAUGAGGAGUGACCGGUCCAAAGAUCAGAAUCCAUUCUUCAGUGCUGAACCUGGACCCUCAGACUCAGAGUAAGAAACCAGUUUCUAACUGAUGGAUGUGACUCUGCAGAGAAAUAAAAACAUAAUAUUGACUCAGUCUUCAGUUUAUAAACUAAAAAGCAGCUGUGCUCCAGCAGAUGUUGGUCUGCAGGAGGUUCUAGAGGAACAUAAGAUCAGUCUGAGGAGGAGAUGUGAACGUGUGACUGAAGGAAGUGAUGAACCAGGAAGUAGAACCCUCCUCAACAGGAUCUACACUGAUCUCUACAUCACAGAGGGACAGAGUGAAGAGGUUAAUACCCAACAUGAGGUGAAGCAGCUGGAGAGAGCUUCCAGGAUCCAGAACCUCCAUGACUCUCCAAUCAGGUGCCACGACAUCUUUAAAGCCUUACCUGACCAACAUGGAGCCAUCAGAGUGGUUCUGACCAACGGCGUCGCUGGUGUUGGAAAAACCUUCUCAGUGCAGAAGUUCACUCUGGACUGGGCCGAGGGCUUGGAGAACCAAGAUGUCCGUGUGGUGGUUCUGCUGUCGUUCAGGGAGCUGAACCUGAUCAGAGGUGAGCAGCACAGUCUUCUCACGCUGCUCCAUGUUUUCCAUCCAACCCUCCAGAAGCUCCCAGCAGAGCAGCUGGCUGCCCACAAACUUCUCUUCAUCUUUGACGGCCUGGAUGAAAGCAGACUUUCUCUGGACUUCAACCACAGUCGGCUUGUUUCUGACGUCACACAGAAGUCAUCAGUCGACGUUCUGCUGACAAACCUCAUCAAGGGGAACCUGCUUCCCUCGGCUCUGGUCUGGAUCACCUCCAGACCUGCAGCGGCCAAUCAGAUCCCUCCUUCAUGUGUUGCCAGGGUAACAGAGGUACGAGGCUUCACCGACGCCCAGAAGGAGGAGUACUUCAGGAGGAGGUUCAGUGAUGAAGAGCUGUCCAGCAGAAUCAUCUCCCACAUCAAGACCUCCAGGAGCCUCCACAUCAUGUGUGGAAUCCCAGUCUUCUGCUGGAUCACUGCUACGGUUCUGGAGAACAUGUUGACCACAGAGCAGAGAGGAGAGCUGCCCAAGACCAUGACUGACAUGUACUCUCACUUCCUGCUGGUCCAGACCAGGAGGAAGAAGAACAAGUACCAUGAAGGACAUGGGAGGAGUCCACAGGAGCUGAUGGAGGCUGACAGGGAAGUUCUCCUGAAGCUGGGGAGGCUGGCGUUAGAACAUCUGGAGAAAGGAAACAUCAUGUUCUACCAAGAAGACCUGGAGCAGUGUGGUCUGGAUGUCACAGAGGCCUCGGUGUACUCAGGAGUUUGUACAGAGAUCUUCAAGAGAGAGAGUGUGAUGUUCCAGAAAGCAGUCUACUGCUUUGUUCAUCUGAGCAUUCAGGAGUUUCUGGCUGCAGUCUACAUGUUCCACUGCUUCACCAGCAGGAACACAGAGGUGGUGAAGAAGUUCCUGGGGGGAUACUAUAGUUACUCUCUGGAGGACUUCAUGCACAGUAUCAUGUAUAAAUCCCUCAGAAGUAAAAAUGGCCACCUGGACCUGUUUGCUCGCUUCCUUCAUGGCCUCUCUGUGGAGUCCAACCAGAGACUCUUAGGAGGCCUGCUGGGUCAGACAGAGAACAGUCCAGAAACCAUCCAGAGAGUCAUCAACAACCUGAAGGAGAUGAACACUGAUGAUAGAAUCUCUCCAGACAGAAGCAUCAACAUCUUCCACUGUCUGAUGGAGAUGAAGGACCUCUCAGUUUAUCAGGAGAUCCAACAGUUCCUGAAAUCAGAGAACAGAUCAGAGAAGCUCUCUUUGUUCCAGUGCUCAGCUCUGGCCUUCAUGCUGCAGAUGUCAGAGGAGGUUCUGGAUGAGUUGGACCUGGAGAAGUACAACACAUCAGAAGCAGGACGACUGAGACUGAUUCCAGCUGUGAGGAACUGCAGAAAGGCUCGACUUAUUGGCUGCAAACUCUCAGAGACUGAAGUUGAAGUUGUAGCCUCAAUUCUGAAGUCUAACCCCUCUCAUCUGACUGAAGUGGAGAUAAGAGAGAUCGAUGGAGUGAAAGACUCUGGAAUGAAGAAUCUGUGUGAGAUACUGAAGAGUUCAGUCUGCAGAGUUAACAUCCUGAGAUUGAGGAGCUGCAGUUUGUCAGAGAUCAGCUGUUCUUCUGUGGUAUUGGCUCUGAAGUCCAACCCCUCCCAUCUGACAGAACUGGACCUGAGUGACAACAACCUGAAAGAUGCUGGAGUGAAGGAGCUCUGUGGUUUUCUCCAGACUCCCCUCUGCAAACUACAGAUAUUGAGAUUAAUUGGCUGCAGUUUGUCAGAGAUCAGCUGUUCUUCUGUGGUUUUGGCUCUGAAGUCCAACCCCUCCCAUCUGACAGAACUGGACCUGAGCUGGAACGACCUGAAAGAUGCUGGAGUGAAG